AUGCUGCCCGCAAUCCCCCUCCUCCUCCUCCUCGCAUCCACCACCUCAGCCCUCCCGCAAGAAACCAGGACCAUAACAGCCGGGUCCCCCGACCCAUCAGACGAACCAUCCUACACGCGCACAGACGACUUCAAAGACGCCAUGCUGACGACCCACAACCGCUUCCGAUCCGAGCAUUCCGCCCCAGACCUGAAAUGGAACGACACGCUCGCCGACUCGUCCACCUCGCACCUCGACGACGUCGCCACCUCCUCCGGGUGCGAGUUUGAGCACUCGGACGCGCCCUACGGCGAGAACCUGGCCCUCGGGUAUCCCAACGCGUCGGCCGGGGUGGUCGCGUGGGGCGACGAGAGGCGCGACUAUGACUUUGGCAGGGGCGAGUUCGAUGAGAGCACCGGCCACUUUACGCAGAUGGUGUGGAGGGAUACGAGCGACGUGGGCUGCGGGAGGAAGGUGUGCGGUGGGGAUGGGGAUGGGGAUGGAGGUGGGAGGUGGUUUCUUGUUUGCCAGUACUGGCCUAGGGGGAACGUCGUGGGCUCGUUCACCGAGAUGGUGCAGAGGCCGAGGGACGGGGUUGAUAUUGGCAAUGCAGCCGGGGCUGUUGGGCCUAGGGGAUGGUGGCUAGGGCUGGUGGUGAUUUUCGGGGUCUAUUUGUCUUGA